ACAAAACAACCUGAUUUCAUAUGAAUAUAUUAUUUAUAUUAGGAUUCAUCAAUAAAAAUGAUCUAUAAUCUGUACGUGUUUGACAAAUACGGAACCCUUUUAUAUUACGGAGAAUGGAACCGUUUGAAACAAUCUGGAAUCACCAAAGAUGAGGAAUCCAAACUAAUGUACGGCAUGUUGUUCUCGCUUAAAUCAUUCGUCAACAAAAUAUCCCCUAUCGAUCCGAAAGAGGGAUUCCUGUAUUACAAAACAAAUAAAUAUGCUCUGCACUUUGUCGAGGUGUCGUCAGGGUUGAAGUUUGUUUUAAACACCGAUACGACAGCGACGGGGAUUAAAGACUUUCUUCUGCAACUCUACAGUAAAGUUUGGGUAGAAUAUGUCGUGCGUAAUCCCCUUUGGACUAUUGGAACCCCCGUAACUUCCGAUCUAUUCAAAACCAAGUUGGAUGAAUUCGUAAAACAGUCGCCUUUAUUUGGUCCGAAAGUUAUUUGAAGCAGAGCAUUUUAUUGAUCAAUCUACAAAUCCUAUCUAAUAAAAAAUUAGUUUCUAUAAUGUAACUGACAUGAA